CAUACCGCAAAAGAAACAUAAAACAAAUGGCGUUUAAUCUAGAUCGAUGCGACAGUGAUGUAGAAGAGGAUUACAUCGACAUGGAAGUAACUUCUUUCACAAACCUUGUACGCAAAACUUUGAACAACAACCCUCGAGAGUUCGAGUUCCAAAUGUCUCAUCUUUGUGCUCUUGAGAUAGACACAACCACUUCUCCCGCCGACGAACUCUUCUACAAAGGCAAGCUUCUCCCUCUUCACCUUCCUCCUCGUCUCCAAAUGGUCCAGAAGCUUCUAGAAGAUUACACUUUCGACGACGAAUUCUACAGCACACCUUUAGCCACGGGGACGCUUCCAACUCCGGUGACAAGCAACACUCCGUUCGAGUCCUGCACUGUCUCUCCGGCAGAGUCUUGUCACGUGAGUAAAGAGCUUAACCCUGAAGACUAUUUCCUUAACUAUUCAGAUUCAGUUGAGCAGGAGGAGGAGGAGGAGGAUGAUGAUGAUGAGAAGAAGAAAUCUUGGACCAGGAAACUGAGAUUGAUCAAACAAUCAAGUCUUGGAACGAAGAUAAAAGCUUCGAGAGCUUAUCUAAGAUCGUUCUUUGGUAAAACUAGUUGUUCUGAUGAGUCAUCAUGCGCAUCUUCCGCUGCCAGAGUUGCUGACGAAUCUUCGGUUUUGAGAUACUCACGAGUGAAGCCUUUUGGACAAACCAAAACAGAGAGACCUAAAAAACAGAGCAGUGGUUCUGUUUCGGGAAGCCAUAGAAGAUCGUUUUCGGUUUCUAUGAGACGACAACCUGCAAAGUGUUCGAACAACAAAUCAUCGAAUAGCUUAGGGUUUCGUCCGUUGCAGUUUUUGAAGAGAAGUACGAGUUCGAGUUCUGAGAUUGAGAAUUCUAUCCAGGGAGCUAUCUUGCAUUGCAAGCAAUCACAGCAGCAGAAGCAGAAACAGUAUAGUGUUAAUGACGUCGGAUUCUGUACGUUGACAGCUUCAAGAAUGGCGGCGAGGGAUGAUCAAGAACGGGCUCAGAUGUUUAGGGGAUAUUGAACAUGAAGAAGGAUAAGAAGGAAAUAAGAGCUAGAGUGAGACUGAGAGAACUAGAUAAUAAAAAACUUAGUUUUCUUUUGUGUAUUGCUUCUUCUGUGUUCUAAUGUGAGAUCUCAUAAAUUUCCA